GAAUUACGACAGAGCGUUUCCGAUGGCCUCGUCUUACCGUGACCGCACGUCGGAGUUCCGGUCACUGUCGGAGACUCUGAAGAAGACUGGGGGAGCCACGUUGCCCCUGGGUCAACCCGAGAAUGCUCCGUCUACGUCUCACGGAUCCUAUUCGAGAUCCGAAUUCAACCGCAAAGCCUCCCGAAUCGGAUUGGGGAUCCACGAAACCUCGCAGAAGAUCGCGAGGCUAGCUCAGUUGGCGAAGAAAUCGUCCAUGUUCAACGAUCCGAUUGUGGAAAUCCAAGAACUCACCGUUUUGAUUAAAAACGAGAUCACAGCGUUGAACUCUGCUCUCUCCGAUUUGCAAACAAUUCAGAACAUGGAUAUAGCCGAUGGCAAUUACUCGGAGGAUAGGAUUGUGCAUUCAACUGCUGUAUGUGAUGACUUGAAGAGCAAACUCAUGGGAGCCACGAAGCACCUUCAAGAUGUUUUAACUACUCGGACAGAGAAUAUUAAGGCUCAUGAGAAUAGGAAGCAGAUAUUUUCCAAGAAUGUGUCAAGAGAGAACCCUUUCCAGAAUCAGCCAAAGCCAGCCACCGAGCCACCACCUUGGUCAAAUUCGCUGAAUACAUCUGAGAGUUUGCAAAAAGCACCAGGAUUACCAUCAAAUGGAGUUCCUGUUGGCAAUCAACUAAGACGAAGGUUGGCUGUGGACAACGCUCCAUCUCAGCAAAUGGAAAUGUCUAUGGUACAGCAGGUUGUUCCUCGACAAGAUAAUUAUGCUCAAAGUCGAGCAACUGCUCUGCACAAUGUGGAAUCUACUAUCACUGAACUUAGUGGGAUCUUCUCACAUUUGGCUACAAUGGUUGCCCAUCAAGGGGAGCUUGCUAUCAGGAUUGAUGACAAUAUGGAUGAGUCAUUGGCAAAUGUUGAAGGAGCCCACAGUUCUUUAUUAAGGCAUCUCAACCAAAUAUCUUCAAAUAGGUGGCUUCUAAUCAAGAUAUUUGCCAUUCUAAUACUUUUCCUCAUGAUCUUCAUAUUCUUUGUGGCCUAAUAUAGCCAAUCGCGGAAGAUUUUCCCCAUGGCUUGCUUGGAUUUGUCCUCGAUCUUCUGUGGAGGCAAAAAUACAAGAGCAGCUAAAUGUGCGGAUGUGUUCUAUUUGCAUGUAGAUAUAGCUCCGUUAUCUGUGAACAUUUUGCAUUCCCAUAUUCUUUUGUUUGGCAAUCACUAUAGGUGUUACUAAAAUUUUCGUUGGCAUGUAAACCCCAAAUUAAGCGAGUUAAGUAAGAAAUUAACGAGUUUCUGUAAACUGAUAUAGAAUCACAAUAUUGUUAUGGAAGGUGAGGGAGUUUUCGUGAUGCAAAAAGGACGACGAAAGAAAAUAUCACAUUUCUAAUUAUUGUUGUGCACGUAUUGUUGCCACAUGCUUUUAAGCCACCGAAUUGAUCCUUUGUUCACUUACGUGAUUCUGUAAUAAGCUUUUUGACAUUGUAUUAUUAAAUUGAUUUUUUCUCUUUGACGUC